AUGGUGAAGGCCUACCUCCGAUACGAACCGGCGUCGUCGUUCGGAGUGAUAGCGUCGGUGGAAUCGAACAUUGCAUACGACAGCUCCGGCAAGGACUUUCUGUCUCCGGCCCUCGAGAAGAUCGGAGUUUGGCACGUGCGGCAGGGCCUCUGCACCAAAAUAUUGUUGUUUGUUGAGCUUGUUUGCAGGAUUGGUACAUUGCUGUUGCAGACACAUUACAAUCAGCUGCUCUCCACUCCAGCUGCCAGACCUAUCUUAACUGUUUUCAGUGACAUUUUUUAUGAACGGGUGAAGGGAUGGAAAGAUAUCCUUGGUUUUAAUCUUGCAGCCAUGGAUCAUAUUCAGCAAAUGAUGGCUUCAAGAUCAGAUGCACUUUUUCGUGAUGCAAGAGCAAAACUCCUAGAGAUACGUGCUCAACAAUCAAAACGUUUACAAGAAAGGUCGGAUAUUGGAGAAGUGAAGCGGAAGAAGAAGAAGAAAACAUAGUGUCGUGUAUGUUUAGACAUGGUUAUGCGCUGGAUUAUGUUAAUGAUCUGGGUAUUUCAAUCACUGCGGAGAAAUUGACCUCGACUGGAAUUAUAUGUGAUCGAUGAAGCAUUGCAGAUUCAGAUCAAAGUAGUCAUAUACGUUUUAACGAUAAGAAAAAUGAUGAGUAGAGGUUGGGUUGCCAGAAAAAGGAUUAUGACCUUGUCAAUGUGAUUCCUUUUACCAGAAGAUUGCUGUUUCAAUCUGCGACCCAUCUUCGUGUCAAAAGUUGACAUCUUCGUUUGAAGAGCAAGGUUUUCACAGUAUACUAUUACUGAUGUGGUUGGCUCAGAAAAGGGCGUUACUUUAUAUGGUCACUAUAUGUGUAAACAUUAGUAAUUUUACAUAAAUUUAAUACGACUUUCUUCUCAGAAUUUGGUUACCCUCUGUUGUGAGUAAAAUUUUCCUUUGCUUUUAGUUCCCUUUGCUAGUUAUGUAAUCCGAUGCUCAUGUUUCAAGUUUCCAUCUUCUAAUUUUUUUUU